AUGGAGAAAACAUACUCACUAACUGCUCACUAUGAUGAGUUCCAGGAAGUAAAGUACGUGAGUAAAUAUAAUAGCAGCAGUACCCUGUCCAAUGGUUUUAAUAUCCAAGUGAGCUCUAAAAAGCAGCCAAAGAAGGGGAUCCCUAGAUGGAGUAAGAGGGAGACCUGCCUUUUGUCUGGGCUGGUCUUUGCUGCAGGAUUGUGCAUUAUUUUGGGGUCUAUGUUGGUACUUAAAUAUCUGUCAAUGGAGCAGGAUAGUCAGUGUCUAGAUGGAUGCCAAGAAAGAAAAGCCUUUAUGAGGGCUUCUAAAUUCAUCAGCAACAAUAUAGACCCAACAAUACCACCUUGUUCUGACUUUUACUCCUUUGCUUGUGGAGGGUGGCUGAGGAGACAUAGGAUCCCAGAGGACAAGCUUAUCUAUGGCACAAUUGCCGCUAUUGGGGAGCAAAAUGAAGAGAAACUACAGCACCUUCUCUUACAGCCCAUAAAGAGAAAGCACAGAGGAUCUGCAGAAAGGAAGGUAAAGGAGUUUUAUAGAUCUUGCCUCAAUAUGAAGGACAUUGACCGCCAGGGCGCCAAGCCUAUGCUACAAGUUAUUGAGGACUGUGGCGGCUGGGAUCUACCAGAAAAUCCAAGAGCUAGAUGGGACUUUAAUGAACUCCUGUACAAGACCCAGGGAGUUUACAGUACUGCUGUAUUCUUUUCACUGACAGUCAACCUAGAUGAUAAGAACUCCACCAGAUAUGUCAUAAGGAUUGAUCAAGAUGGUCUGACACUACCUGAGAGAACCUUGUAUCUAGGACAGGAUGAAGACAGUGAAAAGAUCCUUGUUGCCUAUAAGGUUUUCAUGCAGAAGAUCCUGGGCCUCUUGGGAGCGGACAAUGUGCAAAAAAAAGCAGAUGAGAUUUUGCUACUGGAGCAGCAGCUGGCCAAUAUCACAAUUUCUGAAUUUGAUGACAUCAGACGGGACAUCAGUACCAUGUAUAACAAAGUCACUUUGUCACAGCUGCAGCAGAUCACACCACACUUGAGGUGGAAACGCCUACUGGACAGAAUAUUCCACGAGGAGUUCUCAGAGAAUGAGGAGGUGGUUGUGCUGGCCACGGAUUAUAUGCACAAAGUGUCUGAACUGAUACGCUCCACUCCGGCAAGUGUCCUACACAACUACAUGCUGUGGCGAGUUGUGGUCGUGCUGAGUGAGCACCUCUCCACUCCCUUCCGGAAUGCCAUUCAUGAGCUGUCUAAGGAGAUGGAGGGCUCAGAGAAGCAACCAGAAUUAGGAAAAGUGUGUCUUACCCAAGCCAACAAGCAUUUUGGGAUGGCUCUAGGAACUCUAUUUGUGGAAGAGUAUUUCUCAUCAUCCAGCAAGGCCAAGGUACAGCAACUAGUUGAAGAUAUAAAACAUAUUUUGGAUCACAGGCUGGGUGAACUUGACUGGAUGGAUACUGAGACCAAGCAAGCUGCAAAAGCAAAGUUAAAACAUAUGAUGGUGAUGAUUGGAUACCCUGAUUACCUCCUGAAGUCAGAUUCCAUAGAUAAAGAAUAUGAGUUUGAAGUACAUGAAAAACACUACUUUAAGAAUAUACUCAACAGCAUACGGUUUAGCAUCAAAGAAUCAGUGAAGAAGAUUCGUCAGGAGGUGGAUAAAUCAGCGUGGCUACUACCCCCUCAGGCCCUGAAUGCAUAUUACCUCCCUAACAAGAACCAGAUGGUUUUUCCUGCUGGAAUUUUACAGCCUACUUUAUAUGAUCCAGAUUUCCCCCAGUCUUUAAACUAUGGAGGAAUUGGAACCAUAAUCGGCCAUGAGCUGACACAUGGGUAUGAUGAUUGGGGCGGGCAGUAUGACCCAUUUGGAAAUCUCAUUCAUUGGUGGACUGAGGAUUCCUAUAGCAAAUUCCUGAAGAAAGCUGAAUGCAUUGUUGAUCUGUAUGAGAACUUCACUGUUUACAAUCAGCGGGUAAAUGGAAGGCUAACAUUGGGAGAAAAUAUUGCGGAUCUUGGUGGGCUUAAAUUAGCAUAUUAUGCCUACCAGAAAUGGGUAAGGGAAAAUGGCCCAGAACGCCCUCUCCCUCGUCUCAAAUAUACCCACGAUCAGCUCUUCUUCAUUGCAUUUGCACAGAACUGGUGUAUAAAAAGAAGGUCCCAGUCUAUAUACCUCCAAGUUCUUACAGAUAAACAUGCACCAGAACACUAUAGGGUCAUGGGUAGCGUUUCCCAGUUUGAAGAGUUUGGAAGAGUUUUUCACUGCCCUAGGAACUCCCCAAUGAACCCUGUUCAGAAAUGUUCUGUGUGGUGA